AUGCCAGGUGUUAGAGAUAUCUCAGCCGAGAGCUUCAUCAAGGCCUACGCUUCCCACCUCAAGAGGUCGGGUAAGCUCGAAAUCCCCACAUGGGUCGACACCGUCAAGACUGGUCGGCACAAGGAGCUCGCUCCUUAUGACCCGGACUGGUACUACGUCCGAGCUGCCGCCGUCGCCCGUCACAUCUACCUCCGCAAGUCUGUCGGUGUCGGAGCACUCGCCAAGCUCCACGGUUCCAAGAAGCGUCGCGGAACACGGCCCGGCCACCACGUCGACGCCGCUACCGGUGUGCAGAGGAACGUUGUCCAGGCGCUCGAGAAGAUUGGUGUGCUUGAGGCAGGACAGGAUGGAGGCAGGAAGAUCAGCCAGGAUGGGAUGCGUGACUUGGACCGUAUCGCCACCGCUGUGAUGGAGUCGGAGCGUGCCGAGGCGUCCGAGGAGGAGGAGGAGGAAGAUGAGGAGGAGGACGAGGAGGAGGCCGCCGAUGAUGAGGAAUAG